CUCUACUCUCUUCACAUAGACCUCUGCUUAUAUUCACCCCCUAAUUAUCUCCCCACUCCUGGGGCCUGGGCUUGCCCCCAAGGGACCCAGGUGCCCAAGACCCCAAAUCCUGAGGAAUCCAGAUUGGGGGACAAACAUGGCAAAGGAUUAUCAAGACCUUCAGCACCUGGAGAGUGAAGACAAUGGCCAUCAGUUCAGUAAAGGGUCCCCUUCACCCCAGUCCAUCUUCCAGCGUCUCUGCCCUCCUAACCGUCUCCUUCUGAUCUCCCUGGGAAUCAGCUUCAUAUUGGUAGUGAUCGUCUCUGUGUUGGGAUCUAAAAAUACUCAGCUUCAGGGAGAUCUACAGACAUUGAAAGAAACUUUCACCAACUUUUCAGAGAAGAUGAAAUCAGAGAUCCAAGCAUCAAAUAGCCAGGGAAAUCGUAUGAAUGAAAAGGUGAAAUCUCUGGAGGCCAAGCUACAGAAGCAUCAAAAGGACAGGGAUGAAGAUAUCUCAAAUUUUUUCCUCCACGUACAACGUAUUUCAGCAGAUCUUCGGACUCUGAAUUGUCAGAUGGCAAUACUUCAGAGCAAUGGUUCCAGCAGCAAGAUCUGCUGCCCUCUUGGCUGGUUGGAGUUUGAGGAGAGCUGCUACUGGUUUUCUCGCACCGGAAAAUCCUGGAAUGAAGCUGAGAAAUACUGUCAGCUGGAGAAUUCACACUUGGUUGUCAUAAACUCUUGGAAUGAACAGAAUUUUGUUGCUCAUCACACCUCACCUGCGUUUGCCUGGAUAGGCCUCACGGAUGCAGAGGGUUCCUGGAAAUGGGUGGAUGGGACAAGUUAUGACUCUGCCAUCAAGAAUUGGAUGCCAACCCAGCCAGACAACUGGUAUGGGCAUGGCCUAGGAGGUGGUGAAGACUGUGCCCACUUGCAUGCUGAUGGGGGCUGGAAUGAUGAUGUUUGCCAGCGGCCUUAUCGCUGGGUUUGUGAGAUGAAACUCAAAAAGGAUGUCUAGGAGCCCUGCAGGAAAAUAUACUAUUUCUAUCCAGAAAUCUCCCAGAAACCCAGAAAAUGAUACAGAAUUCCUGAAAUCUUCCAGAAUCACCCUUAGAAGUGAUUGUGCUUUAAGUAAUUCAACGAUAUCAGGUUUCCUCAGAAUUUUUCCAGCUCACCAGAGCCUCCUUGCAAGAGUUCAUGUGUUUGAAGUCAAACAGGAAUUAAAGUGAACUCCCCAAA